AUGGAAAGCGCUAGAAAUGCUAAAAUGGCUAUCCAUACAGGACCUUUAGAGUGGUCCUCAAUUGUUAAGCCAAUUUUAACAACACUCUAUGGGCCUUUUUUCGACAAAAAUGAUACAGUAGAAAUAAUUCAAGCGAUUCUUAGAAGUGAGAAUGAAUUUCAAAACCAUGAAGAAACCUAUGACCUAUUUUACAAUUGCUUUGCCUGCUUGUCAGCCCAUUUCAUCAGCGUUAAUGCAAGUAACUUACCUGUUGAUCAACUCAGCACGGCCCAAGAUGCACUCAGGAUUAUCCUGCAACAAAUUCUCAAGACCCUUUCUAAAACUGGGCCAAUUCAGGAAGUCGCUCCAAACACAAUUGGUCCUGAUGUUAACAUAAAGCAGCUUCUGCUGCCAAUAGUGGCACUCUGUGGAAUUGACAGCGGUGGAUAUCCGCCCUCAGAUCUCGUUAUAUUGAGUGCACUCAUAAGGAACGCUAAAUUACCACCUCAUGUAAAUGUGACAGAAAAUCAAACGACAAAAUCCUCAAUAGCCAGCCCGAUAACGUCUCUUGCAUCACAAACUUCAUCGUCGGAGAAGCAACAGCCGACAAAUGCGCAGCGACGUUCGGACGCACUGCUGGAACAGCUGACGACGCCACUCCGUAGCCAGGUGUCGUCUGUAUCGGCUCCUGUUCCGCAGAGCGCAGCUGUCACGUCCCCUGGAAGUAAGGAUAGUGUGGAGAGCGCUAAGGAUGGAAAUGCUCAACAAUCCUCUGUCGAUAUAAAGAAGUGGGUGGCAUCAACAUGUGCGGCAUUGCUGAUGGAGCUAAGAGCUGGAUCUGUGAUGCUGAAGCUCUGUUCUUCCUUGCCAUAUCUGCAGCGUUACAUGAACCGUUGGCAAACUGCAAAGGAGUCAAACCUAGCACCGCAAUUUAACUCUGAUGCCACACAUCUCUACUUUAUGGUGAACGAAAUUGACGUGUGUCGAAUGGCGUUGUCCCUGCCCUGCCUUGAGCCGUUCACUCCAGACCGUAUCGCGACGCUCAGUGACGUCAGCACUGCUUGGCUACUUUGCGCGACAGCUCAGGCAACCCUUCAUCAAAAGGACGAAGAAUGCGAAGUCCAGACAGCAACUCUAGUCGAGACAGCGCUCAACCUUUACAACACUGUUGGGGACAUUUUCAAACAAUCUACCAGAGCAGGGGGUUAUGUAUACCAAAACCACUUGAUGAUCGGUGCAUGGGUGCUUGUAUGUGGACUGCAUCAUUCCCUGGGCGGAGCACCUGGCCCAACGCCGCCGGGCAAAAGUCCUGCCAAGGUGCCAUCCAGGCCUUACAAUUUAACAAAAAUGCAACAAGGUCUUGGCGUGGUGUGGGUGGCGCUCGGAGGGCGCUGUUUGGCCUGGAUGGGCGCAUUGCUAGCGGAUGCGCGCCUUGAAGCUCUCAGUGCCACAACAGACUCUGCCUCGCAGGCUCCUGCGGCUACUCCAGCUCCGCUGCUAAUAUUGAGUCAUCACACCGCUCAUCAAAGGGAACUGCGUCUUCUAUCAGCUGCACCCUUGCAUCAGCUAUUAGUGGCGCUAGGCGUGGUAUGCUAUCGCAAAGCGACAAACCUUAAACGCGCAGUGGUACAGAAGAACCAAGAUGCCGAUCCCGACCGCUCCGACUCUACUGUCUACUUCCAGGACAUGAUACUGUGCUCGGAGGACUCUGAAACAGAUGAUGACAGCGAACCAUUAUUUGGCUUAUGGUUUGAAUCGACACUAGUCGCACCAGAUGCGAAUGACAACGGCCUAACGCGUCUUGGCGCUGCUGAAUCUAAUGACGUUCCCGACAAUACUCGCUCCCAGGGUAUUGUACCAGACAAGUCUGAACCUUAUUCGUACAUUUCCCUAGCAACUGAAGUAUUCAACUUACUCACUGACGAAAUAAUAAGCAGCGGAUCUGAGCGUUUGGGAACAAGUGCACUGCAACUUCAUGACGCUCAUCAUGCACUUCUCGCGGCUCUAGCACGAGAUCUCGAUAGAGAAACCGCAAGAACUGAUACUGGGACCAUAUCACCCUGCUUCGGUGCCAAGCUGGGUGCACUCUACACGUCAUUCAGCUCAGCGCUUGUGCGUUAUUUACACAACUUGAGUGGCUCACCGGCUUUUGCGGCACUUCAACCCUCGCUGCAACAACAGCUUGUUUCUACUGAACGAGCUAAUAUAACACCCCUUCAAGUGGGUCCACGAGUAGUGAAGUUGCUUGGCGGUAUGGUACUGAACAAAUCUGCAGCUGAUAGAGAGAAUAGUAUUUUAGUGAUGUGGCACAAAUUGGUGAACACGCUGCAAGAGUGUGCCUUACAAGCUCAACCAUCGCAGGACCAUGACUAUGAAGAUCUAAACGUUGAACACGCUCAGUUGAUGGUCUACUUGUUUCAUUCGCUGACUCUGAUGCAAAAGAAAUCUGUACUUCUGUCAACUGCCAAUGCUAUUAUAAAGGUUGUGGAGACAUUAGGCAUCAGUGACAGAAAGCGAGCGAUGAAUCUUGCGCCCCAUCAACUUAUGCUAACAACAAGACUUAUGCUUCUAUUGGAAUAUCUCAUGAAACAUUUGUACGACGCCCCACAGACUCUGUUGCAGCAAAUUGAAUGGAAUCUGGUGGUGGCGCCGGGGCUCGCCCAACCUUCAUCCGAGUCGUCUUCUACAGAAGUUAAAACUACCACAGACAACGGCCAAAUGAAAGCUCGCAUUUACUGUGAAGUGCCUUUCAUAGAAAAGACGUAUAGAGGCCUGUCUCAAGAUGAAACUUCGAUGCGGCCCAAAUUCUAUGCUUUGACUAACGCUAAAAUUAAUAACCAGGAGAAUCCCAAGUUUGACGGCCUUGCCUGUAAUUUCGUCCUGGGCACACCGCAUAAGCUAAAGUAUCCGUUGUUAGUUGAUGCCUUAUUGUCCCUGCUGAACUGCGCAUGCGUCUGUGACAACGCUAACAAUCAUAGUUCACUGACCGCUCGAGCUGCGGCUCAUUACUGCUUUCAAACUGCUUGGCGCCUGGUGAUAAGCAUGCCACCUGCAACUCCUCACAUGGAUAAGCUGCAAGCUGGUACGGCGGCAGAUUUAUCAUCGCCGUUACCACUCCACGCACUUAUUUGGGCCCCUCGUGCUGAUAACAAAAAAGUUUUUAACCCCUGGCUGAAAGACGCUCUGGUCAAGCAGGGCAUGUACACUCAGUAUGCAGAGAAUCUUUUAGCCGGCGUAAGUGCCUCUUGCGACAACAUCAAAUACACAGCUUGGCUUGCAUCCGAAACAAUCAAACAUUUGAAACAAAAUCUUUUGUCCAGCGGUUUGCCAUCUUUAAUAGACGUAAUAUCGUGCGACUCGGCGCUGGUUGCUCUGAAAGUUUGCCUCGUUGACGCGUCCACUGCAUCUGAGGCUCAUCCCUUUGUGCCGGAUUUACUUGACCUUCUCGAAACGAUUCUAGAAUGUUGCAGAUUGAGUACCAGCAUGGAGUUAGAAUCCCACCUGGAAGGUUCGAUGAAUGCAUCAGAACGUGCAGUGUCGGAUGUACGUUUCCGUGUGUGCGGGAGUUCCCCGGCGGUUGCCGCUGUCUGUGGAAUGGGGGCUUCCCCGCCCGAAUUGGGAACCUGGCUUCGUAGGCAGCUACCGCAAAAAGUGGCAACUCUGCUGGACUCAUACGCCAUACCGCCUUUACUCGCCAACACUGACAUUUCGGCGCAUAUUAUUCCAUCGGAGAGUGCGGUCCUCAACCUGAUAUCUUUUCACUGCGAGCUGAUGAGUGGGAAACCAACGUACAGCAUCAUCACUUCCUUGAUGAUGUUCGCGUACUCCGCUGCCACUUUGCUCGAGGUGGGAUCUUCGAAAAUAGCGGACAGUCUGGAGCUUACCAGGAAAACUUUGGCGCUUAUUAUCCCUGCUUUGACGGACGGUCGACUAGAGUUCCUCGCAGAGCCAUUAGCAUCGACGCUCAACGCAAUUGUACCGCAAGCUGUUAAAGCGGAAGAGAUAAUUCAUGAACAUAUACUCAGAACAACGUAUCCAGUUUUAUGCGACCACUCGGCUUCUACUGAAACAACGCUGAGACAUAUUGUCAAAUAUUGGGAGAAGAUAUUAGACCGUCAAGCCGGGCGUGCCGCAUAUGAAGCGGUGUUCGUUGAAGAGGACGUUGAGUUUGUGCUUGGAAAGAUUCUUUUGUCAGCGCCUAACGCCAGAAAUCCAUACACCGAACGAGUUAUUAAAUUAUUUAUCAAGAUCUUCGCCGGCUGCGAAACGGGUGAGCUGAGCCGAAGCCUCUGCGUAGGAGUUUGCAACUUUAUUGGCGUGGCUGACCAACAGAAAUUGAUUAAUCUUCUUAGCCACAUUUGUACUUAUGGUCCAUCAAUAGUAGCGAUUGGUACAGCAAAUGCUACUCCCACAGAGACUGAGUUGCCAACGCCUACAUCAUCGGCUCCAGAAGCCAGCGGCAACCAAGCGUCACUCGCGCUGAGGAAUGCGAUACGUUGCGUAUUGUUCCGUACCGAGAGCGACGCAACACAGCGCACUGAUAGCGGCGCACGUAACGAACAAGACUUGCCCGUUUUCGAAAAUCCAUCAGCUUCUACACCAAGGGUUCAAUCUGAGACUGUCCAGCAAGCAGGAAAUUCAGACCCGUGCAGUUGGUCGGAUGGAAGCAAGGAAAGUAACGCCGCGACAACCGUUGCAGGCACAAGUAACAUAGCCCCUGAUGUGACCUCGCCUGUAACAGAUGGCGCUGCCAACAACGCUCUUCUCACUGCGCUCUGUAAACACAUUGUGCAACAUUGCAAAGAGGAUGUCAGCGAGCGGAUGCUGCUCGCGCUGAUUGAAGUAAGUGGCGAUGGGGCGUGUCAUCCACUACUUUUGCAAGAAAUGUGUCGGUUGGCUGACUCACAUACGGGCGCUCUGCAUAAGCUGCUGUUCCCGGCUGCACUUUCUUGGCUUGCUGCUUGUGUUGAAGGCCUUAGCAGCCCGGAGUUACUUGAGAAAUUGGAGGAAGGAACAAUCGAUGGCAACAACUUGGCUCCGCAAAUUGAAUCAGCGUGCACCCUAUUAUCUUAUCUAGGAGACGCCCUCCAUGCUAUUGGCGUUUCACAGCCACACACUUGGCGUUCAGUUAGCCCUACUUGGGAAUCACCUUCAGACCUGGGAUUCGAUUUCGACUACACAGACGAACAACAAGAUGACGAUGACACAAGCGCCGAUGAUUCUGACGAAGACGCAAUGCUCCAAUACAAGUUGUGCACUUUUACGGUGACUCAGCGCGAAUUCAUGAAUCAACACUGGUACCACUGUCACACUUGCAAGAUGGUGGACGGGGUAGGAGUUUGUACUGUCUGUGCACGCGUUUGCCAUCGAGGGCAUGAUGUCUCGUAUGCCAAGUUCGGAAACUUCUUCUGCGAUUGUGGUGCUAAGCCAGAUUCGAGUUGCCAAGCGCUCGUGAAGCGUUCCGUGACGUUGGGUGCUGGUCGCACUGCCGGUUCUACGGAAGAGGCCCCGCCUGCACCAUCCCUACGCCGUCGGCCUUCAAGUCCCAAUCCACCUGCUUUGUUGGCUCCGCCUAGGCGACCCGUUCUAGCCCAUAAUAUACAAGGUUGCCGCUCAUUCCUAGUGAAUUACGAUAAGUGGGAAUGGUGUCUAGAGCGAGUACGUAACCUCGUGUGCGCACUUGCCGGGCCCGUCCGCGCUGCGUGUGAAAGAACUGCCGCAGUCGGUGCACAUGGGCGAGCGCAAAGGGCACUCGCACAACUUCACCUUGGUGAAAAGAAAUUCUCUCAUACAGACUCCUUGAUGUUACCUACUCUCGGAUCCCAAGAAGGUGCAUUUGAAAACGUGCGAAUGUCCUACACGGGUGAGAACGGACAAAUAAUAAGGCAACUUAUGUCUGCACACAAGUUACGACGCGUUGUUAUGUGUUGCCUUGCUUCGCCACACGGACGCCGUCAACAUCUCGCUGUUUCACAUGAAAAAGGAAAGAUAACUGUCCUGCAACUAUCCGCUUUGCUGAAGCAAGCGGAUUCGUCCAAGCAUAAGUUGACGCUGACUCGCCUCUCGUCCGCUCCGAUACCUUUCACUGUGCUCAGUCUGAGUGGAAAUGCUGCUAAUGAAGAUCUACUGGCCGUCUGCGGCCUUAAGGAGUGCCACGUUCUUACGUUCAAUAGCGGUGGCGCAGUGGCAGAUCAUCUUGUAUUAACUACGGGCUUGGAACCAAACAACUACAUAAUCAAAGCUAUAUGGUUGCCGGGAUCUCAAACCCAACUCGCCCUCGUAACAUCCGAUUUUGUCAAGAUUUUCGACCUCAGCAAGGACUUGACUAACCCUUUGCAUCACUUCUUAGUACCGAGUGGAAAGGUCCGUGACGUGACGUUUGUGAACCAAGAAGGCGUGAUGAACAUGCUGUGCAUGAGCUCAGCCGGGCACAUCUACUGGCAGCCCUUAAGUGAAGAAUCUCGCGCUACCCUCGGAACAUUCUAUGUCACUAACACUUUGGAGGUUUUGCAUCCAGAAAUACAGGAUGUCGCAGGUCUAGUGGGAGGUGGUGGUGUAUCUAUUUACUACUCCCACACAUUAAAGAUGCUUUUCUUCUCAUAUGCACAAGGGAAGAGCUUUUUAGCCCCACUAAAUACGGUCGAAGAGAGUGUUAAAGGUACGGCUAUGAUAACUGUGUACGGUGGCGGCGGUGGUCCCAAAGAGGGUGGUCGUGGCAAGACGGGCGCUCAAUCACUUGUACAGUGGGCAGAAGUACCCGGGCAUCCUGGACUCCUCACAGCGCUGAUGCAGGCUUCCAAUAACCCGGUCGUGCUAAUGCUCACACCCACUAAUAUAUACGUGCAAGAAAUUAAGAUCGUGCCAGCUAAGGCGAAGAUAACUGACAUGGUAGCUGUACGCCAUUGGUGCGGUGGUGGUGAACAAAAGAGCACUCUAAUACUGCUCUGCGAAGACGGAAGUCUGCGUAUGUACGCCGCUAACCCGUCGCGCACAGGCUACUGGCUGUCGGGCGCGGUCCAACCGGUUCAUCCGCCCCGUCGACGUGCACGACUCCCAAGACCCUCUCAUAGCCACGCCCAUCCACCGCGCAAACAACACCAACAAGCAACAGCAAAGGCAGGCGCUAACGGUUCACCGCAGUUCCCUAUCGACUUCUUCGAGCACUGUGUCGCAAUGAGUGAUGUCGAAUUUGGUGGUAACGACUUGCUUCAAGUGUACAAUACUGCUCAGAUUAAACAUCGGCUUAAUACCACGGGGCUGUAUGUGGUGUCUACUAGGAUGAGUGGCUUCACAAUGGAAGUGACGAAUUCUGAUCCUAACACGGUCAUAUGCGGAAUUCGAGUUCUGCUUGGCAGUCAAGACGUCGCCAGAACUCCUACUUAUGUUGAGAUAUACGGCAGAGCGAUGCCAACGAUGGUGAUCCGAAACCGUUGGUUCGAUAUUCCACUGACCCGCGAAGAGUCGCUGCAAUCAGACAAAAAGCUUUGUAUCGUCUUUGGACCUUCACAGGAUCCAGAUGGGGUCACCAUGGUGGAUUCCGUCAAGGUUUAUGGAAAGAACAAAGAACAAUUCGGAUGGCCAGAAGAAAACGAAGACCCAUCUACUUGUCCAUCUUCUAGCAAAGUAGCACAAGAGUCCGAAGGUGUUAGCGGUGGUCCGAACAAACCUAGCUCUGUAGAGCGUUUAGCGUGCUCAGCGCUAGAAGCGCUUGAAUUAGGCGCCGGAGCAUCUGCUUGUACCGGCGCUACGGCUGGCGCUGAAGCCGCUGCAGAUGCUGCUAAGAAUCUGCUGUGCGUGCCCGCUACGCCGCUUCUACACGCUAGAGCGCAGUGUCUAUUGCGUGCUGUCUAUCAAAACAACUAUCAUCAGUUUAAGGACCAAGCUCUUUUACGGUACGUGUGCACAUCUCUUCGCGAGCUUCGUAAUACAACAGACGCACGUAACAUCGACCCUGAAGCUUACUUCCGUCUUGUGUUGUUGGCGCGUUCGGUUGCCAUCGCGAGACCGCAGAACCUCGUCAAAUACACAGCACCAACACCUAGGAAACCGACCAACGGUGACUGGUCCACCUUAUGGAAGGAUGAUUGUCAAGACGAGCCAGACCGAGAGCCGCAUGUAUGUGCAUUGCUCAUGAGCGUCUUGUGGAAACUAGCGGCAUGCAAGAACCAAGCGCAGGGUCCGCCCGGCAUUCUAUCGUACGGACUUAGACACGCUGAACAAACAUUGCACGCUCUCGCCGACACCAUUCAUGCUUUCCAACUCAACGCGGACCCUGAAUGUGUCGAAUUCGGCAAUCAAAUCUACCUGUCUCUGCUGCUCGCUGAAGAUCAAAGCAUCAGUUUCGGCGCUAAAACUGCGUUAAUGCGGGUGUUGCGGCCUCGAGUCAAAAGACGUCGAGUCUAUAUUCCAUCGCCACCCAACACGCCAGGUGCUGGAUCGUCCGCGACAACAGCACAACCGACUGGAUCUGCGACGGAAGCGGCCGUAUCGGAAUCAGAACUAAGUGCUAACCGAGAAGAGCAGCAGGAACCCCAGUAUAUGGAUGUUGACGAUUCGCUCGAACCCAUGGUGCUAUUAGCGCCAGACGGAGGUUUAGAAGCUCUCCUGGACAUUCCGGCUGACGCUGAUGACGAGACAAUGGUGGAAUUGGCCAUUGCGUUGUCAUUGCAAGAACAGCCGCGAAGGGCUCCUCUUGCGCAAGCACAUACGCCGCACACCCCUACUGCGCCGCCUCCACCAGCACCGGGCUUCACUGAUGCAAAUGCUUCUCCUAAUGGAUCCGACGACGAGGGAAGUACAGCAGCUACAGACGGCAGCACGCUUCGCACGUCACCAGCGGAAGCAGCUGGCUCCGCAGGUUCCGAAAGCGGUGGCUCCGGUGCAGAUAGCAUCGGCGGAGUAUCUGGAAGAAGCAGUGCCUACGCCGGUCCUUCGACGUCGUCCUCUCAGCCAGUGGCGUCGACAUCGCGUGCCGUCGAAGCGGAGAGUGAAACUCGCAAAUUACACGCCCUACGGUUGUCCUUAUUGUCAGCUGCCUUGGACGCACUGCCGACGCUAAGAAAUCUCCCCGGAGUACGAGCUAUACCGUUUGUACAGGUCGUUUUAAUGUUGGCCGGUGACCUGGACUCAAGUGUUGAAGGUGAUCGAGCCCUCCUCGACCUUCUACUAGAAGUUCUUGUGGGUGAAUUAGAUAUUCAAAGCGAAGAACCGACAGGUGAAGACAGGGAUGCUCGUCGCGACUUCCAGCUUGCAAUAGCAAGAUUAGAGAUGCUGGUGUCAGAGCUGGACUCUACCGCGGAUGAAAGCGCCACUCCUAUACACGAGAGAACUAAUAGAAGAGAAUUACAACUCGUUAUCAUGAGAUUGCUCAGUGUGUUGAUGGCUCGUUGGAAAACAUGCACCUCUGGGGAAGGCGGUACUGUAUCGCGGGAGCAGGUGACAGGCGCGGCAUGCGCAGCACACGUAUCCCGUCUGGCCGCAACAGCCUUGGUAAGGGCUGGAGCACCACGCCACUGCUACACUGUCUUAGCUGCUUUAUUACCCUAUUGGCGGCAGAAAACUAGCAAUUCAACUGUUGCAACUCCGACGCAACAACUACUAAAGCCGCAGCCUCCGCAGCCGUUACCAGAUAUGCAACCGUUCUUUGUGAAGGAAUAUGUUAAAAGUCACGCAUUAGACGUUUUCGACAACUAUCCGCAGCUAUUGAUGGAGAUGGCGCUACGUCUUCCAUGCCAGAUUCAUAAGCAUUGCGAUCCAACCUACUUCGAUUCUCGUUGGCGUACCCUGCUCUGCGAGUACAUGAUGAACCAACAGACGCCAUUGAGGAAGCAAGUCCGCAAACUACUAUUACUCUUGUGCGGUACACGAGAACGUUACCGGCAGCUGCGCGACGUGCACGCAUUGGACACGCAUUUAACUGCUGCGCGUUCGUUGCUAGCUACCGAUCCGGCUUACGAUAAGCUAGUCAGACUUAUGGAACAUUUGAAGGCUUGCGCGGAGAUUGUAACUGCUCGCACGGGCAACUGGCAACACACAUGCUGCACCGAGCGGCGUGAAACUAUCGCCUGGCUAGUGACUGUAGCGCGACGUGUUCACCCUCACGUGGCGCCAACUGUGCUGCAGUUGCUGCAAGCUGCAUUGUGUGCCCCGCCACCGGCACCGAGUGCGCCGCCUGCUAAGGAUAACAAGGCGUCUUCUGAUUGGCCCGAACGCGAGCGAAGCGCAGAUAGCGACGCGUACGUUUCUGAUGGAUCUAAAUUCCAAGAGUACAGAGUGCCUCUGCUGAUCGCGCAAAUACAUAAGCAGGUGCCUCAAGAUGAGUUGAAGUUGUUUAUUAAGGCCUUCUUGCUAGAAACAAACUCUACCGCCGUACGUUGGCAAGCGCACGCUUUACUUUUGGCGAUUUACAACAAUUCCUCUCAAGCGGAACAGGCGUCACUAGUGUCGCUACUGUGGGGACUGUGGCCUACACUACCCCAGUAUGGACGUAAAGCGGCACAGUUUGUCGACCUACUCGGAUAUUUCACUCUUAAAACUACAAAAAUGGACAAUGCGGACUACAUUAGCAGUGCAGUGGAUCUACUGCGUAACCAGAACCGUUUACUGUCUUCCCACGGUAACUCAGCGCUGUACGCAGCUCUUGGUGCUUAUGUCGAGCUGGAAGGCUACUAUCUAGAGUCUGAACCCUGCCUCGUCUGUAACAAUCCUGAAGUGCCGAUGGCAACAAUCAAACUGCCUACGAUAAAGAUCGACUCGAAGUUCACGACCACUACGCAGAUUGUGAAGCUUGUGAACAGUCACAUGAUAAGUCGAAUCAGCCUUCGCAUCGGCGACAUCAAACGCAGCAAGAUGGUGCGAACCAUCAACUUCUACUACAACAAUCGCACGGUGCAGGCGGUGCAGGAGUUGAAGAAUAAACCUGGCAUGUGGCACAAAGCUAAGCGUGUUCAACUACAGUCCGGACAAACCGAAGUACGCGUCGAUUUUCCGCUACCGAUCGUUGCAUGCAACCUCAUGAUGGAGUAUGCCGACUUCUAUGAAAACCAGCAGGCGACUGGUGAAUCUUUGCAAUGCCCUCGGUGUUCGCAAUCGGUGCCAGCCAAUCCCGGCGUUUGCGCAAACUGCGGCGAGAACGUCUUCCAGUGCCACAAGUGUCGUGCCAUUAACUACGACGAGAAGGACCCGUUCCUAUGUCACGCCUGCGGUUUCUGCAAGUACGCGAAGUUUGAUUAUACGCUAAUAGCGAGACCCUGCUGCGCCGUCGACACUAUUGAAAAUGACGAGGAGAGGAAGAAGAUGGUGCAAACUAUUGGCACUCUACUAGAUAAGGCGGAUCGUGUUUACCGCCAGCUCAUCGCUAACAAGCCUUAUUUAGAGUCACUAGUCCACAAGAUAAGCGAGCACCGAGUGGACGGUCGUCCAGAUGAAAACAGUAACACUACAAGUGCGUCCUUCGGCGGAGUACAGAUCAACCGCGUGAUACAGACGCUUGCGCACAAAUAUUGCAACGAGAGCAAAGGGCACUUUGAAGAUCUUUCGAAGAUUAUACAGAAGGUGCUCGCAUGCAGGAAGGAACUAGUCGCUUAUGAUAAAGCCCAAAGCGAACAGCAAAACGGUGAAGCGUUGCCAGUGUACUCAGUUCUUAUGCAAAACUAUGAUGGCGAUCUUACUAAAGAGAGCGGUGGUUCUUGCUAUGGUUGCUCGCUAGCGACUGCCGAACACUGCCUUACUCUAUUGCGUGCACUAGCAUCGCAGCCAGAUAAACGCGCUUCCCUUUGCCAAGCCGGGCUUGUUCACGAACUCGUUCAUCAUAACUUACAUAGAGGAACACCACAGAGCCAAGAGGAAGUACGUUCACUUAUUUGCCUGGUAACGCGCGAUAACCUGCCAGCAACCGAACAACUGUGUUCUCUGCUUACUCAACGUAUAACUCUGUCUCUUAUGGGCCACGCGGCCUCUCAAGACCAUAACAAUUCUGUACGCCCCCUGGUCCUGCUUUUGGGAUCCCUUGUCAAAGUCCAAGACUCUGUCGAGUGUUGGGAAGUUCGUUUGCGAUGCAUAGUAAAGCUAUGGGUUUGGUGCUGUCCUCAAGUGACCGAAGUCGCUGGCAUCCCACCAGCUGCUAACGCAAUACUCAAAGAUGAAGCUCUAGCAGUCAUACCCGGUAUCAACACUUCUUCACCAAACUCUCAUCAAUUCGCUCUACAACAAGUUGCGCUACCCUGUCUUCGCUAUAUGCAAGAGCUUAUGGCGCCGCUGACUACUACUCCCACUGUAGUUUCUUCCACUGUAUCUUCAGACGAACAAGUCAAAGACGCAAAGGAAAGUGAGAAGUCUACGCCGGCAACAGUUGAACUUCCAAACCAGACGGGUAACUUAGUGGUAGACCUAGCCGCUUGGCUCGCUGGUAGAGUGCCACAGAAGGAAUGGAGACGUCUCGCUGCCAAGAGUCUUAUACCUCCUACGGAUACUACUCUACCACCUCGUGAUUUGCACCUCGCUAAUAAGUACGUCGGGAAAUGGCGGGAAAGGGUGUUGUUGUCUCACGGCAUGCGUCGCGUUAACCUAGACGAGGGCGGUUGGCUUCGACCUGUCAUGUUCGACCCCAGCUCUCGCAUAGCUCGGGAUACGGCCUGCCAGAUGGUCAGCUCCUUGUGCGACUCAUACGAAAGGACUAAAGCAGUAUUAAUUCUACUGACGAGUUUCCUACCAGAAGUUGGCGCCGCGGGCGAGGCCAGCGAACAAUUCCUUCAACUCUAUCAACGCCUAGCUGCAAACGCGCCAUGGAAACAGUUCUUGGCCAUGCGAGGUGUACUCCAACAAAUCGCUGAUCUCAUGACCAAGGAAAUUGAACAGCUGCAUCGUCUUGAAGAGACAACCCUGACUUCUGAUUUAGCUCAAGGCUAUGCCCUACAGCAUCUAACGGAACUGUUAGCUAUGUUCCUUGAAGAGCCCGGAGCUCGGCGUGCUUAUAAGGGCCGUUUAGUCGGUGCCGUGUUAGGUGGUUACCUGUCUCUACGUCGUCUUGUCGUACAGAGGACCCGUCUCACAGAUGAUACGCAAGAGAAACUUUUGGAACUGCUUGAAGAGAUGACUACUGGUACGGAAGCAGAAACAGCAGAAUUCAUGGCCGUAUGUAUCGAAACGGUUCAAAAGUAUCCCUUGCACGACUACCGCACACCAGUGUUUAUAUUUGAACGUCUCUGCUCCAUCAUUUACCCGGAAGAAAACGACGUCGGAGAGUUCUUCCUCACCCUUGAAAAGGAUCCACAGCAGGAGGACUUUUUGCAGGGUCGUAUGCUGGGCAACCCUUAUUCAUCGGUUGAACCCGGUAUGGGCCCGCUGAUGCGCGAUGUCAAGAACAAGAUAUGUACAGACUGCGAACUAGUGGCCCUGUUAGAAGACGACAACGGAAUGGAGCUACUUGUGUGCAAUAAAAUCAUGUCACUCGAUCUUCCUGUAAAGGAUGUAUAUAAGAAGGUGUGGUGUGCGUCUGGUGAAAGUUUGGAUGCUAUGCGAGUUGUGUACCGCAUGCGUGGUCUUCUCGGUGACGCUACAGAAGAGUUUGUGGAGACCCUCAGUCAGACCAAUGCUGAAGCUGUAGAUGAUGAGCAAACGUACCGUAUGGCUAACGUGUUGGCAGAUUGCGGCGGCUUAGAAGUAAUGCUGCAACGGCUCGAUGCUAUACAGCGUGUGGGUGGUGCGCGCGCUCUUGUCUCGACUCUGCUUCGUUUGUUGAGCCUUUGCGUGCGCGUGCGUCGUUGCGUCCGUGUGCUUACGCGCACGAAUACGAGGGCACUACCAGUGCUAUUACAUGCGCUAACCCUUGCCGCAGCAGAAGAGAAAGACAUGACGAGGGCUGACCUCGUGUAUCAGUUGCUUGAGAUCAUGGAACGCAUAUUAACAGUAGCGGCGAGUGAAAGCCUCGAAUCGUUCCUGCAAUUCUCCCUAACAUUUGGUGGGCCGGAGCACGUGCAGGCUUUGCUCAAUUGCACGGAGUUGACAGCAAUUCGAAACAACCCAGUAGCGCUUGGUCAUCUAAUGCGUGUACUGGCUGCGUUGGUCUACGGCAAUGAUCUUAAAAUGGCGAUGCUGGUGGAACACUUCAAACCGGUGCUGGACUUCGGCCGACUCGACGCUGAACAUUGGGCCGAAGAAGAGUUCCGAAUGGAGUUGUUCUGUGUGCUCUGCGCUAAUGUUGAGCGGAACAGCGUUGGAGGGACCUUGAAGGACUAUCUAAUAUCACUUGGCGUGGUUAGGGAUGCGCUAGAGUAUAUUGUUAAACACGCGCCGUGCGUCAAACCAACACUGGUGUGUACUGAUUCGGAUGAGCUGAAGGAGUUUAUCAGUAGACCAGCGCUUAAAUUCAUUCUGCGUUUCCUCACUGGCCUCGCUUCCGACCACGAACCUACUCAGAUGCUUGUAUGCGAAAAAGUGAUCCCAAUAGUGCAUCGGCUGGAGCAGGUCUCUUCUGGGGAGCACGUCGGGUCACUGGCAGAAAAUCUUCUAGAGGCGCUUAGGUCUCAGUCGCAAUGCGCCGCUAAAGUACAGCAAGUUCGCGACUUUACUCGGCAGGAGAAGAAGCGUCUAGCUAUGGCGGUUCGUGAACGUCAGCUGGGUGCUUUGGGCAUGCGCAGUAACGAGCGUGGUCAAGUCACGGCGCAGUGCUCGCUGACGCAGCAAGUCGCAGAUCUCGCUGAAGAAGCUGGUGCCGUGUGCUGUAUAUGUCGCGAGGGAUAUAAAUAUCAACCGACCAAGGUUCUAGGCAUUUACACAUUUACAAAGCGGUGCCCCGUGGAAGAGUUUGAGGUGCGCGCGCGCAAGACUCUCGGCUACACCACGGUCUCGCAUUACAACAUUGUUCACGUGGAGUGCCACAUGGCUGCUGUUAGAUUACAGCGGGCUAGAGAUGAAUGGGAAAGCGCUGCUCUUCAAAACGCGUCGACUCGCUGCAACGGCUUGCUGCCUCUUUGGGGCCCGAACGUUCCCGAGUCGGCCUUCGCCAGCUGUCUUGCGAGACAUACAACUUAUCUACAGGAGUGCACCGGCCACCGCGACAUCGGCCACCAGUGCACCGUCCACGACUUGAAGUUGCUCCUGUGGCGGUUCGCGCGAGGCCGCACCUUCCACGACGACACCGGUGGUGGCGGGCCACUCUCCAACAUGCAACUGGUGCCCGCCCUCAUACAUAUGGCACUAUAUGUUAUUAACACAACUCGCGUGGCCGGUCGAGAACUGUCGUCUCUAGAAGGUUUCCUGUUCUGGGCUCUGCCGAAGCAGCUGGAGUCUGCCCACGAGGCAGAAGGUUCCCUCUACUUUAUCACGCUCAUGUUGAUGCUUUACCCUCACGCAAAAUGGAAGUCGUCCCGCGUAGAUAUGCUAAAACGUCUCCUAGUAACCGGCCACGUGAGAUCCUUGGCGGCUGCCGGACCUCAGCUGCGCUCGCUCACCACCGAACAGCGAGCUAUGCGCCCAUGGGCAGAUUAUAAGGCCUAUGCGGUACUCGUCGCUCUCAUAGAUCAAUUGUACACGGUCAUGUUUAAGAGUGUUUCCGCCACCGCCGUGGAACAGUGGCCCGUGAAGCUCGCCGAAUACAUCCGAAUGAACGACGAGGCCAACGCGAAAGCUGCCGAGCGCAUCGUGACGUCACUCACGGACGAGCUCCUGCCGUGCACCUCGUUCGCGGAGUUCUGCGACGCGGCCAACCUCCUCGCGGACAUCCCAGACCCAGACGCGUUCCUCGCCACGCUAUUGAGCGAGCUGCCUUGA